AUGAUUCCCCGGGUCGUCUUCUUCCAAUUUCUUGUCACGUUGGUCCCAGUCAUCACUGCACUUGAUGUGCCAGAAAAUGUCAAAGACUUCUACGAUCAUGUCCGCGGUAAAGGCAAAUGCGGCAACGUCUUGAAGGGUGGCUUCAACAGCAUGGAUGGCGACAGCGGCGACUUCGGAUACUGUGGUGAUUACUUGGAAAAGUACAACAUCAUCUACAUUCAGGGCAAAAAGGGCCAGCUCACCAAUAUGGACAUCGACUGUGAUGGCGCCCAGACUUCAGGCGACGGCCGCUGUGCCAGCUCUACGGAUACCCAGUCACAGACAACUUUCAAGUCCAGGUUGAGCUCUUGGGGUGACGGCGACCUCAACUCUUACAUUCACCCGUACGUUGUCUUUGGCAACGAGGGAUCGAAGCCCAAUUGGCCAAACUUCGACCCCAAGGAGUAUGGCGUCGAACCUCUCAGUGUCAUGGCUAUUGUAUGCAACAACCAACUGUUUUACGGCGUCUGGGGCGAUACCAACGGCGACGACGGCGAUCAGCCUAUGGUUGGAGAGGCAUCCAUUGCCCUGGCGACUUCAUGUUUCGGAAACGGCGUCAACGGCAACCAAGGUCACGAUGAGAACGACGUCCUCUACAUUGCAUUCACCGGCUCAGACGCCGCUCCUGGUGCAAACGGCGUCAAUUGGUCCGCGUCGACUUCCGCCGAGUUCUCCAGCAGCAUUAAUCAACUUGGUAAUAAGUUGGUCGAGCGCGUAGGUAGUGGUACCAAUCUCAAUGCCCGCGCGGACAAGGCGGUGCUGCUCUGGGCUUACUUAUUGGGGCUUUUCUGGAUCAUCACGUAG